CUAGGCUUGCACUGCAUCGAAGAUCACAGUAACAAACUAAAUCUACAAAGAAACUCUUCAAAAUCAAAGCAUCUUUCAGAAUGCAGAGCCUGAAUGUGCUGCUGAUCUUUACCCUUUGCGGGUCAAGCUUGUGCAACAUUAUGCAGGAGAAACAGACAGAUUUUGGACUGCAGGUGUUCUCUGAAGUAGUCCAAUCUGCUCCGGACAGAAAUCUGGUUCUUUCUCCCUAUGGCAUCUCUUCAGUGCUGGGCAUGGCUCAACUGGGUGCCUAUGGCAGCACUCUUCAAAUGCUUACCUCCAAGAUGGGCUACUCACUACAAGCACGAGGAAUGCCAAAGCUACAGAGGCUUCUUCAGAGAGAUCUGGCCAGUGAAGACGGGGUAGAAGUGGCCAGCGGUGUCAUGGUUGACCGGAAGAUAAUCCUGGAAAAGGUAUUUAGGCGCAGUCUGUCCAAAGCCUUCCGGAGCGUCCCACACCAAAUAGACUUCAGCCAACCAGAGAUGGCCCGGCAGGUGAUCAACUCCUGGACAUCUGACCACACUGGUGGAAUGAUUUCUGACUUCCUCCCAUCUGGGGUGUUGAGUGAACUGACACGCUUGGUCCUGCUGAAUGCUCUUCAUUUCCAUGGGGUCUGGAAGACGCCCUUUGACCCUAAACUUACUAGGGAACAACUAUUUCACAGAGUCAACGGCAGUGCUGUGUCUGUUCCUAUGAUGACUAUGACUUCAAAAUUCAACUGUGGUGAGUUUGUGACUGAAGACGGUGUGGACUAUGAUGUCAUUGAGGUGCCUUAUGAGGGGGAGUCGCUAAGUAUGCUUCUGGUGAUACCAUUUGAGAGGGAUGUGCCUCUGUUGGCCCUGAACAAAGAGCUGAGAAGCAGCAGGAUUCACCAAUGGAGAAAACAGAUGAGAAAGAUUAACAAACAACUUGCUAUUCCAAGGUUCUCCAUGGAUACAGAAACUGAUCUGAAGUCCACACUGAGCAAGAUGGGUCUUGGAGACAUUUUCAGCCAGAGCAAAGCUGAUUUCUCUCACAUUACCACUGAGGAACCUUUAUGUGUAUCCAAGGUCCUUCAGAGGGUAAAACUUGAGGUGAAUGAAGAAGGAACCAAAGGCUCAUCUGCCACAGUGGCUGUCAUCUACUCUCGCAUGGCUGUAGAGGAGAUCAAACUCGAUAGACCCUUCUAUUUCCUCAUUCAACACAAACCCACUGGUGCGUUGUUGUUCAGCGGUCAAGUGAACCAGCCUCAGGAAUACUAACAGACCAAGGUUGUGUCUGAAGUGCCCAUACAAACAGAAGGACCAAGGAAACUGCCAACAAGUCUGCACACAACAUACUACUGAAGACAGGAGAUGCUUAGAGUUCAGUUUUAGAAUGAAAUUGGGAGGAAAAGAUGCAAAACCUUCUAUAUCUGUCAUGUGAGCAUAGCUUGAAGUGCCAAACUUUAAAAAGCAAUGUAUAGAAUAGAUGUUUAUUCAGUAUGUGUCCUUAGCUAUGGGAGAGGAAAGAUCUAUAAUAUAAAAGAAAGGAUUACUGUUUAAAACAUAUGUCUGAAACAUCAGGGACAUUUAAUGAACAAAUUUACAGCCUCAGCAGACGGAGUUUCUACAUGCACUAAUUUGAAGAGUGAAUUAAUUUGUAUGCUUUAAUCUGUUUAAUGUGCUUAUAUAUUUUUUACAAGUUGGAUUUUACAGUAUUUAUAUUAAUUUAUUGUCGAAGGUUAUAUUUUCUUGAAGACUGUUUAUUGAAAUAGUUUCCUUUUAUAAUAAAAGCGACUAUAUGUGAAC